AUGGUUGAACCAACAACUCGCGGCGGCGACGUCGCUCUCUUCAUCGACUGGGAAAACUUCAAGAUCAGCUUGGCCGCAGGCAACCGGACCCCAAACCUCUCGUCCCUCAAAGAGGAAGUCGCCAACCAGGGCCGCGUCGUGGUCGCCAAGGCCUACGCCGACUGGGUGACCCGGGCGCCCGAAUUGCGCGGGGCCAGCCAGUUCAUCAACGACCCUCCGUCCCUCUACGCCGCCGGCAUCGAGCCUGUUUUUGUGCCCACACGCAUCCCCUCUACCCAGGCUUCAACCGCCAACGGGAUGCGUACCUACCGGGUCAAGAACAGCGUCGACGUCAAGAUGACCGCCGACUGCAUCGAGUGCGCCCACUCCUAUCCCAACAUCGGCACGUUCGUGCUGGUUUCGGGCGACUCCGACUUCCUCCACGUGGUUAACGCCCUGCGGACCAUGGGCAAGCAGGUGGUCAUAAUCGGCGUCUCCUGGAGCACCUCCCGCCGCCUCGCCGAUCAGGUCGAUUCGCUGGUCCUCUACGACAAGGACGUGGAUCCAAUCGCCCCGCAGCCGGCCGUGCUGCCCCAGCACGCCAACCCCACCGAGGCCCAGAAUGAUGUCCCAGAGCUUGCCGCUGUCAUCCGCGCCAUAGAAGACAUCAUCCGCGAAGAGCGCGCCAUCGGCAGCAACCCGCUGCUCACUUCCAUCAAGCAGCGCCUCAUGCGCCGCUACCCCAGCUUCGACGAGAAGAAAAUCGGGUUCUCCGGUUUCAAGAAGCUCAUGGCCCGCGCCGCCGAAGACGGCAACAUCAAGCUGAUCCACGCCGGUCUGGUCGAUUGGGCCAUAAUGGGCGACGAGGAAACUCCCGAGGGCACCAUCGAGGAGAGCCCGUCGGGCGUGGCCGCCAAGCCCAGCCGACGCCGCGGUGGCCGGCGCCGCCACGGGUCCCAGCGCGACGGCGACGCCGAAGCUGACACCGACAUGGCAGACGGCGAAGACGACGCAGCCGAAGACACCGCCUCGGAUGCCCCGGCAGAGUUCGCCGGGGAGUUGGAGGAGACCGCCGCCACCGACUUCGACCUGCCUGAGCCGUUAGAGUCGGAGACCCCGGAGGAAGUGGAAGACACCUCCGAAGAAGAGGUGCAGGUUCCCUGGUUCGACCCCGACGAGGAAGUCAGCGUGGGACAGCAGCCCGCUGCCAUAUUGGCUGCCGCGCCACAGCCGGAGCCGGAGCCGGAACCCGAAGAGGCGGUGCCCGUGAACGUCUUCGGCGACGACGCCGAGUUGGCCUCCGCCGUGCAGGAAGUCCUAGCAUCCAUUUCCCUGCCCUCCGAACCGGAGGACGGCCUGAACUCGGAACGUAUCUCGGACCUCGUCGUUAUGGCCGACUAUCUGGAGCAUCGCCAGGGCGUCAGCCACGUCGCUUUCAACUACCUGGUCGCCGAGGUCUGCACCGCCCUCGAAGAGGGCCUGGCCGCAGGCAACGACCAGAUCGCCCGCCACUGGAACGACGUCGGGACCAAGGACUACGUGACUCGCGCGUACCGGGGCCUCUCCGACAGCGGUUUCUUCCGUCGCGCGGUGCACACUUGGCGCGAGGAAGGCAACAACCGCCGCCGCCAGCGCCGCACCUUUAACCUCGACCGGGAAAAUGACCUGGUAGGCCGCGUGCUAACGGCUCGUUUGGGCCCCGCCGCCAAUUCUGCCCCGCCCGUCGAGCCCGUCGUUGAAGCCGACCCAGGAUCGGUGGAACCGGCCGAGCCUCAACUGCCGGACAUUGAGCAGGAACAGCCGGUAGUCGAACAGCUCUCCCUCGUCAACGGCGACGGUGCCCUGGAACCCGAGCCGGAACCGGAGAUUGAGCCCGAGCCCGCCGUCGACGCCCCAGCUCCCGCAAUCGCCAAUGACCCUGACGAGGAAUUCGACGAACCCCAGCCCAGGAGCACUAGGCGCGCCCGGCCAUUCUCCAGCCGCCUCCUGCGUAGUUGA